GGGGGGAAGUUUGAUCCGCUUUCUCACGGAUCGCAGUCCACGGGAGUUUUUUCUCCCAGCUCUCUUCGCAGAGGAUUUUCCCCGUUUGGCUUGGGUUUGGCUUUUUUUUUUUAUAUAUAUUCUAGGAUUUUUUUUUUUCCUCGCAAAACGUGGUAAAUCUCGACGCGGUGUCUGCAGCGCGCGAGGCUCCGCUAAACUGGAUUUUAAUUUUGUUUUCUGUUUUCUCCCCGUCUCCUAUAAGUUUGCUUCAAGCUCAUGACUAUGCUGCUUGAUAGCGGUCCGCAGUUUGCAUCGUUAGGAGUGGGAGGUUUCGGGGGACCGCGGCACCACGACAUCGGUAACAGAGACCCGAGUCUGGGGCUGAAUCCCUUCACCGAUUCCCCCCACUCCGCAGCUUUCAAAAUCAGCCCCGUAGCUCACGACAUCGCCUCCAGCCAGACGUCAGCGUUCACCCCGCAAGCCUCCGGUUAUGCAGCCGCGCUGGGACACUCUCACGGCGGGCAGGUGGGCUCGUACGGACCGGGCGCGUUCAAUUCAACACGGGACUUUCUCUUCCGGAACCGGGGCGUCGGGGAGCCCACUGCGCCGGGCUCCCAGCAUGGUCUCUUUGCAUCUUCGGCGGGGAGCCUCCACGGGCCGCCGGGGCUCACCGAUAACCCCGGGCAUCUGUUGUUUCCAGGACUUCACGACCAGGGGGUGAGCCACACUUCACCGAGCGGACAUGUGGUUAACAGCCAAAUGCAUCUUGGCUUGCGCGGGGACAUUUUCGGAAGACCCGAUCCUUACCGGCCGGUCGCGAGCCCUCGGACGGACCCCUACGGGGCUCAGCUCCACAACUACAACCACCCCAUCAACAUGAACAUGGGAAUGAAUGUGCCGACACACCACGGUCCGGGGGCCUUCUUCAGAUACAUGAGGCAACCGAUCAAGCAAGAGUUAUCCUGCAAAUGGAUAGACGAGAACCAGAUGAACAGACCCAAAAAGACUUGCGAGAGGACUUUCAGCACCAUGCACGAGAUGGUCACGCAUGUGUCCAUGGAGCACGUCGGCGGCCCCGAGCAGAGCAACCACAUCUGCUACUGGGAGGAGUGCCCGAGGGAAGGGAAAUCUUUUAAGGCCAAGUACAAACUCGUCAACCACAUCCGAGUGCACACGGGCGAGAAACCGUUCCCGUGCCCGUUCCCCGGAUGUGGGAAAAUAUUCGCCAGAUCGGAAAAUUUGAAAAUCCACAAAAGAACACACACAGGUGAGAAGCCGUUUAAGUGUGAAUUUGAUGGCUGUGACAGACGCUUCGCCAACAGCAGCGACAGGAAAAAGCACAUGCAUGUGCACACAUCAGACAAGCCAUACAUCUGCAAAGUGUGCGACAAGUCAUACACACACCCCAGCUCUCUCAGGAAACACAUGAAGGUACACGAGUCUCAAGGAUCCGAAUCCUCUCCAGCAGCGAGCUCCGGAUACGAGUCGUCCACACCGCCGGUGCUGGUCUCAGCCGGCACCGAGGACCCGACAAAAACACCGCCGUCAGUCGUGCAAAACACGUCUGGCCACAGCGAAGGACUGGCACCCAACUUUAAUGAAUGGUACGUUUGAAGCCCGAGGAGCGAGCCCUCCCCUCAAAGUGGACCACUGGGAUGAGGAGAAAUGAGGAUAAUAUGAAUUAAAAAGAAACGUUAAAAAACACUAUUCCUGUUCACUACUCACACACACACACACACACUAAUCACACAUCAUCUCUCUCUCUCACACACAUACACACAAAUUGGAUUUGGACAAGAACAACAACAGCAACGACUACAACAACAACAGGAGAUGAGAGCAAAAGCCAGCAGCACGCAGGCCACGUCCAUUCUCAGGAUCACGACAAAAUUUGAUUCCACGUGUUUUGAGGAAAUCAGGAUAAACCACGAAGAAAUAAAUAAAUUAAAAAAACCUAAAAAAAAAACAAAAAAACGUAAUACUUUCUCAGUAUAAAUAAAUGGGUUUUUUUAUCUUUUAGUUUACAGAUUUCAGAAGAAAAUUUUUUGUUUUAUUUUUCAUUUUAUGUAUUUUCUCAAAUUUUUAUUUCAAAAAAGAAUAAAAAAGGAAGAUUAUUUCAUGCUGUUUUAUAUGACGGUGACACGGCUGCUGUCGCCUGUUCGAUUGAUUGUUGGAACUUCAAACAGUCUUAAGAAACGUGCCAAAGUCUUUGUCAUGAACUUGAACACAGAAAAAAAACAUCAUAAAUAAAUAUUAUACUCGUGAAUGUAUUUCCUUGUUUGAUGGGGUCGAAUCUGUUGUCAACGUCCGUUUUCAGGUGGAGAAAUGUGGUAUUAGGUUACGAUUGUUACCGUUGAAUAUAACGUUGCCUUUUGUUAAUACCGUUGUAAAUACAUAUCCAUGAUGCCAUAUUUAUCAAUUUGUAAUUUAAUUAUGGGUAUAAGUUCUGAAACUUAAAUGAUAUUUAUGGAAAUGUUUUCUAACAAGAACUGUACAGUUUUGGUCAUUAACAUUGAACAAAUGAUAAACUCUAAAGCUCCAACAUCGCGAUUGUAUCCUUCUGUUUUUUGUUUUCUUAUUCUUUUCAUUUUUUAACCAAUAGGCCUACAUGUGUCUUAUUUGGAUCGAAGAAAUCAUCUAUAUGAAUAUUAUGGAUUUGUCUAUAUAUAAUGCAGAUAUUUCCGUCACUUUUAUUUUCUUUAUGAGACCAUUGACAUGUAAAUCAUUGACUUUGUAGAACUGAGGUCAGUUGAGCUGAGAGGCUAUCAAACGGUUCUGUUGAUAUCUUUAUUUUUGGUUAAAAAUUUAAACUUUUCUUGUGUAUUUUACUUUUAUAGAAUCAGAAAUAGAUGUCAAUUCGUAGCAUAAACUCAGUACUGGGAAAAAAAAGAAGAAGAAUAAACCCAUCAGCCUAUUGCACUCCUACACAGGUCUUAGGCGAGCGUGUGAAGGUCAUGAUUUCCAAAUCAAGGUGACACUAUUUUGAGUAUUUCAAAUUCGGGUCAUGCACCCAACUAUAUGCGCCAGUAUGGCACUCUUUAUAGUUCCAGCAAUGUCUUUGUGCAAGUAUGUUUAAAUGUGUGCAUCGGCAACAAUGGAACUGUCACAACACAGUAUCUUCAAAAAUAAAAAAAGUUUUUUGUC